GAGAGAUCGAACUUGUCUCUGGGUUUGUCUGCAGAAAGGUUACUUCUUUGUGUUUCAUCGUGUUCAAAGAGCGAAGAAGAAAGAUCCAAAUUUGAUAUUUGGAGUUCCAUCAAAUGGCUUCGUUUCUAGCUCGCAGGUCGCUCAAUGCUCUCCGUGCUCGAAAUCUAGUUUGUUCAGGGCAAGCUUUGCAGGGAUCCAAUCUCUUUGGGCUACAGUCACGUGCUAUAUCAUAUGGCACCAAUAAAGAUGAUGAAGAAGCUGAGCAACUUGCUAAGGAGAUCUCCAAAGACUGGAGCACUGUCUUUGAGCGGAGCAUGAACACCCUAUUUCUCACUGAAAUGGUCCGGGGUUUGUCGCUGACCCUCAAGUACUUCUUUGAUCCUAAAGUUACAAUCAAUUAUCCUUUUGAAAAGGGUCCAUUGAGCCCUCGCUUCCGUGGUGAACACGCUCUUCGAAGGUAUCCAACUGGGGAAGAACGCUGCAUUGCCUGCAAACUCUGUGAAGCUGUAUGUCCAGCUCAAGCAAUCACCAUAGAGGCAGAGGAGAGAGAAGAUGGAAGCCGCAGAACCACUAGGUAUGAUAUAGACAUGACAAAGUGCAUCUACUGUGGUUUCUGCCAAGAAGCUUGCCCUGUUGAUGCAAUCGUCGAAGGACCCAACUUUGAGUUUGCAACCGAGACUCAUGAGGAACUUCUGUAUGACAAAGAGAAACUUCUUGAGAAUGGAGAUCGAUGGGAGACAGAGAUUGCCGAGAAUCUGAAGUCGGAGAGCCUCUACCGUUGAAAAAUUUAAAGGUCUUUUGCCUAAUUUAUUCAGUGAAUGUUUUGGUUUGAAUAAAAGAUGCUUCAGCUUUUACACUGAUGUAUUGCUUCUUGUAAGUCCAAGCUUAUGUGAAAAACUGGGGCUGGUUUUGUGUCCGGUUUAAGUUGGACCAUACAUAUACCAAACACUUUGGAAAUUGAAGUUAUG